UGCAAUUGGAAGCAAUUAGAUGGAGGCACGAGUUAUCUUGUUCCAGCUAUGUUGAUGAACACAAGUGAAGAAAAAGCAAAUGCAUUAGCAGAUAACUUGGCUCCGCCAUUAGUCAUAAGAUUUGAUUGCUCACAUUUGCCUUUCGCCAUUUUCCCACGACUCUUAGUUCUCGUCGAAAAGAUGUGCAACUCAAAAUGGCCGUGUUCGUCUCCACCUCAUCUCUCCAAAAACUUUGCAAGAUUUUAUAUUGUUGAUGACAAGUGUGCGUUUAGCCUGGUCUUAAAAUCCGAUUUGCAAACAAUCAGAGUUGCACUGUUCAACGACAAAACAAAAAGCAAUAAUAGAAAUGGCUUUUUCGUCAACCUGUGCAAAUGGCUAACGGAGUUUCUCGAGAGAACACUACAGAAAAUGAUUGAGUCAUUCCCUUGGAUGAGAAGGUUGGAGCUUGAAUUUGGCAUCUGUUGUCCAGUUUGUAAAGACGUGGCACCUUGUAAAAAGCACGGCAAGAGAGCCUGUCCUCGAGGCUCUUGUUUUCACUUUGUUUCCAAACGAGAACUGUUGAGCACAAUUCAAACGCGUUGCAGCAGGAGCCCUACAAAACUAAACAACGAAAUUUUAGAUUCCAGCUUCUCACACUGGUUUGAUAGAAAAGACAAUAAAGCUGCUGGAGUGAAGGAAGCACAGGAGCAGCUUCAAGCCCUUCAUUUGGCUUCAGAAKUUGACGCUCUGUGCCAGGAAGUCUUUGCUGAUGUCAAUAAAAUCUCCCUGACGACGAUUUCACAGGACGAGGCGACUAGAAUAGCUGAGAAAGUCGCUAUUAUAUUAAACCUUGACAAACAUAGCACAGCCAUGCCACCCAAAGAUAUCAUACAGAAAUGUAGGACUAGCUGCAGACGGUUGAUUGCUCAAGGAGGAGAGGUUGUUGCAGAAGCUUUACGAAAUAAGCUGCCCAGUGGAAUGACAGGUCCUUUGAGAGUUGGAUAUGAUGUUAAAGUAUGCGACAUGGAUUCUGCGACAAAAACUCAGUUAUCAAAAGAGUUAACRGUCAAAAAAGAUGAGUGGAAGGCUUUCGCUAAGGAGAAAGUAGGAUUAUCUCACGUCGAUGUUGAAUUUUUAAAUGACAGAGAGAAAAAUCCUGUUCUAGAAAUACUGAAUGAGCAUUGCCGCGACUGGUCUGUGGAGCAACUUUAUGAUGCCGUUUCUAGUGUUGGAGCGGAAGCGGUCGCAGAUCGAUACUUUUAAUUCAGUAAAUAUUGUAAAUAGAWGGCGUACUGUGGCACUACAAAACGGUAAAACAAAACGAUUGCUUUUUGAGAGCACUUUGCAAGGACUUACUAUUUCAUACUAUAUACUAUAUAUUUUUUAUUAAAAUAAGUUAUUGUAMUAAUUGAGACAAACCAGCGAGUUGGACCUCAAAGGGAUUAUAUUUUUCAAAAGGCACAGUUKAUGUCUUUUCGUUUGUGCCUARUAGAUCCCGUGGUUUUWAAUUCCAUUAAAAGGCUACACUAUUGUGAAGAUAGAUUUUCUGAAUUUCGAUGGMUAAACCGUGUGGUGAGCUUUCAAAGGCCUCUCUUUUCACUACUGAUUGUUUAGCGGAGUAGGAACGAAUAAAUUAGAUAAUAAAUGUUCUUUUAAAUAA